UCUCUCCUCCGUUCAGAUCAACUGGAGCGAGUUUUCUUGCGUUUGGGCCAUGCAGAGACUGACGACCAACUCCAGGACAUUAUAUCCAAGUUCCUGCCCCCGGUCCUCCUCAAACUGUCCAGCGUGCAGGAGGGAGUCAGGAAGAAAGUGAUGGAGCUCCUGGUCCACCUGAACAAGAGGAUAAAGAGCAGACCGUUGAUCCAGCUACCGGUGGAGACCCUCCUGGUUCAGUACCAAGACCCUGCCGCAGCGUCCUUUGUUACGAAUUUCACCAUCAUUUACAUCAAGAUGGGUUACCCUCGACUGGAGGUGGGGAAACAGUGUGAGCUGGCACCUACUCUGCUGACUGCUAUGGAGGGCAAGCCUGAGCCCCAACAGGAUAGCUUGAUGCAUCUCCUGAUCCCGUCCUUGUAUCACAUGAAGUACCCAAAGGACUCUUCCAACACGUCCAAGAUGGCCUCUCCCUUCAUCCUGAUGGAGAAACCCAAGACGGUUCAGUUACUGCUGGAGUUCAUGUUGGACGUACUGCUGAUGCCCUACGGGUUUGUCCUGAACGAGCCUCCCACUCGCCCAGCUCCCUCGUCCCCUCAGGGUAGCUCUGGGGCAGCGGCGGCCGGACCGGCUCCCCAGCCUCCUCCAGGGAUGAGUGUCUACGCUGCCAAGAGGGUCAUCGGAGAGGCCCAGUGGAGCCCAGAGCAGCUGGAACAGUGUAAACUCGGCAUAGUGAAGUUCAUCGAGGCAGAACAGGUACCGGAGGUGGAGACGGUCAUACACCUGGUGGUUGCCUCUAGCGACACAAGACACGGCGUUGCCACGGCCGCGGACCUGGAGCUCAAGAGCAAGCAGAGUAUUAUCGACUGGAACAACCCCCUGAUCGUCAACAGGAUGUACAAGGUCUACCUGGGAGACAUCCCCCUCAAAACCAAGGAGGCCAGUCUGAAGAGGGAGCUGAAACAUGAGCCGGUCAGCACCAGAGUCAAGAUGAAGAUCCUACCACAUCUCUUACGGUCACGCCUCGCCGCUGAGUGCUUCCCGGCUAACAUACAGGUGGUGUACGACGGUCUGUUUGGAGCCAACACCAACAACAAGCUGCUCUCUCUUACACUUCAGUUUGUUCACCACAUCUGUCAGGUAUGUCCUGACACCAACAAACCACUGGGUCUGAUGCUGCUGAAUGGUCUCACCAAGCUUAUCAAUGAGUACAAGGAGGAUCCUAAGUUGCUGUGUAUGGCCUACUCUGCUGUGGGGAAACUGUCCAGCCGAAUGCCUCAACUCUUCACCAAAGAUAUCGCUCUGGUCCAGCAGUUCUUUGAGGCCAUGUGCAAGGAGGAGCCUGAUGUCCGUCUUGCCAUCCAGGAGGCUCUGUCUAUGAUGGUGGGAGCCUACGCUAACCUACAGGGGGCGCUACUGAACCUGAUGGAAGCCCUGGUGGCAGCUUACAUGGGCAAGCCUGAGGUGCAGGUGCGUCAGGUGGCAAUGAAGUACGCCAGCACGGUAUUCGCUCCUGAUCACGUGCCCUCCAGAUACUUGCUCCUAUUGGCUGCUGGGGACCCGAGAGAAGAGGUGUGCAGCGAGGCCCAGCGUGUCCUGAGGGCUCUGCCUGCUAAGAACUCAGAGAAAGAGAGCCGUAAACCCAUGCCCUCAUUCCCUGACAUGGUGGCCUACAUCCAGGAGAAGGCUGCUCAGAGGAUGAGGACGCCGGCCAAGUACAUCGUGGGGACGUACACACUCCCCUUCAACCCUUCUGCGUUUGGCGAGAUCGUGCUGUACCUGCGGAUGUGUCUGGCCCACAGCGCCGGGGCCACUCCCGUCUCUAAGAGCCUGGCGGACAUGCAGGACGACGCGCCCGCCAUCGGCCGCUACACGCACGCCCUGCUCUCCAACGAACCCCUGACCUCCCCGUCCUCCACUGGAACCAAGGGGGCGGAGGUCAACCCUGUGCAGGUCUACAUGGAGCUACUGCAGCAGCUGCUGUCUGCUGUAGGAGGAGUCCCUGUGAUGUACUGUCUUCUGGAGGUGGUGUCUGUCUGUCCUCAGAACCUGGCCCCUAUGUUUAUCCAGAAGAUCGACUGGAUCAAGAGUCUAAUGAACACCAACAAGGAGGACCUAAGGGAGCUGGCAGCUCAGCUCUACGCUGUGGUGGUGUCCACCAUGUCAGGAAACGAGCUGAAGACUGCCGUUCAGACGCUCAUCAAGAUCACUAAAGAUACACACAGCCCCGAGACCCAGCACGGAGCCAUCAUGGCGCUGGGCUACAUGGUGGCCAGGUACAUGAGCAAGAGGAAGUCCUUCGCUAACGGAGACUCCGCCCUCAACCGGGAACAGAGGAUGAACGACACGCCCAAGGAGGACGAGGAGCUGGUCGCUAUAGCAACCAAAGCCAUCGGCUCUUUCCUAGACAGCGGUUCCCCUCUGCUCGCUGUCGCUGCCUGCACGGCCCUCGGGGAGAUCGGGAGGAACGGGCCUCUGCUCAUCCCUUCAGAAGGCGAGGGAUUCACCAAACUAGCCGUGGUGGAGAACAUGCUGGCUCGCAUCCCCUCUGGGAAAGAGACCCUCAAGAUGAAGGAGAGAGCCAUCCAGACUCUGGGUUAUCUACCAGUGGGAGAUGGAGGCUUUGCCCACCAGAAGAAGCUGCUGCAGGGGCUCAUGGACUCUGUGGAGGCCAAACAGGUAGAACUACAGUUUACAGUAGGUGAGGCCAUCACCAGUGCUGCUAUAGGGACCAGUUCUGGAGCUGCCAGGGACCCCUGGACCUGUACUGAGGAACAAUACAGUCCCCCAGACAACGUGCAGAGUAAUGAUGUGGUUCCGUGGGUGCUGAACUCCAUCCUGGCGAAGUACAUCCCAAGUCAAAACCCCCACGUCAGACAGGCUGCCUGUAUAUGGCUGCUCUCUCUGGUGAAGAAGCUGCACCAGCACAAAGAGAUCAGGUCUCACCUGAAGGAGAUCCAGACUGCUUUUAUCUCCAUCCUGUCAGACCCUGAUGAGUUGAGUCAGGACGUGGCAUCUAAAGGUCUUGGUCUCGUCUAUGAGAUGGGAGGAGAGGAGGACCAGCAGGAACUGGUGUCAACACUGGUCGAAACACUGAUGACUGGCAAGAGGGUGAAGCAUGCCGUGUCGGAGGACACCGAGGUGUUCCAGGGAGAGGCUCUGGGGAAAGCCCCGGACGGACACGGACUCUCCACCUACAAGGAGCUGUGCUCAUUGGCCAGUGACCUCAACCAACCGGAUCUGGUCUACAAGUUCAUGAACCUAGCCAAUCACCACGCCAUGUGGAAUUCCCAUAGGUACAACCAGGAAGGAGCAGCGUUUGGGUUCAACAUCAUAGCAGCGAAGGCAGGAGAGCAGCUCGCCCCCUACCUGCCCCAGCUGGUACCACGUCUGUACCGAUACCAGUUUGAUCCCAACCUGGGCAUCAGGACGGCCAUGACCUCCAUCUGGGAUGCUCUGGUCACUGACAAGAACAUGGUGGAUAAGUAUCUGAAGGAGAUCCUCCAGGAUGUGAUAUCUAACCUGACCAAUAACAUCUGGCGUGCCCGGGAGUCCGCCUGCCUCGCUCUCAACGACCUCAUCCGAGGACGCAACGCCGACGACCUCAUCGACCACCUGGAGGAGAUCUGGGAGACGCUGUUCAGGGUUCUGGACGACAUCAAGGAGUCUGUAAGGAAGGCUGCUGAUAUAACCCUCAAAACACUGAGCAAGGUGUGCACUAGGAUGUGUGAGUCGUCAGGUUUAGCAGCCCAGAGGACUGUAGCUGUUCUGUUACCAACCCUCCUGGAUAAAGGCAUUGUCAGCAACGUGCCUGAGGUCCGCUCUCUCAGUAUCCAGACCCUGGUGAAGGUGUCUAAGACAGCUGGUAAUAGGUUGAAGCCCCACGCCCCUCGUCUGAUCCCAGCACUCCUGGAGGCUCUCAGUGUCCUGGAGCCACAGGUCCUCAACUACCUCAGCCUCCGAGCCACGGAGCAGGAGAAGAGUGCCAUGGAUGCUGCCAGACUCAGUGCUGCCAAGUCCUCCCCCAUGAUGGAGACCAUCAACAUGUGUCUGCAGCACCUGGACGUGUCUGUUCUGGGGGAGCUGGUCCCCAGACUCUGUGACCUACUGAAGAGUGGAGUGGGUCUGGGCACCAAGGGUGGUUGUGCCAGUGUGAUCGUGUCCCUCACCGUCCAGUGUCCCCAGGACCUCACCCCCUACUCAGGUAAACUAAUGAGUGCCCUACUGAAUGGGAUCCAUGACCGUAGCAGUGUUGUCCAGAAAGCCUUCUCCUUCGCUCUGGGACAUCUAGUCAGGACAGCGAAGGGCAGCAGUGUAGAGAAACUCCUACUGAAACUCAACACCUGGUACCUGGAGAAAGAAGAGCCAGUGUACAGGUCGUCGUGCGCCCUGACGGUCCACGCUAUCAGCCACUACAGCCCUGAUGUCCUGAAGGGGCAUGCGGUGGAAGCAUUACCGCUAGCCUUCCUGGGAAUGCACCAGGCGCCGGGACCAGACGAGGAGAAGGGGGAGAGCCACGACGCCACGCUGUGGAACGAAGUCUGGCAGGAACACGUACCAGGAAGCUUUGGGGGCAUCCGCCUCUACAUGACGGAGCUGAUCGACAUUACCCAGAAGGCCUUGCAGUCCCAGUCGUGGAAGAUGAAGGCCCAGGGCGCGGCUGCCAUGGCGUCCAUCGCUAAGCAACAGACGGGUUCUCUGGUCGCCCCUCACCUGGGUAUGGUGUUGUCCGCUCUACUGCAGGGACUGGUUGGACGCACCUGGACUGGAAAGGAGGAGCUGUUGAACGCCAUCGGCUCUGUUGUGUCUAAGUGCAGUGGUGAACUCCAGAAGUCCUCCCCGGGCCAGCCCAGUGUACCAGAGGUGAUAGAUCUGGUGUUGAAGGAGUGUCGUAAAGACAACCUGGUCUACAAGAUGGCUGCCCUGGGCUGUGCUGCUGACGUCCUGCAGGCCACAGAGGAAGACCGCUUCAGUGACAUGGCAGACAUACUCAUACCACUCAUUAAGAAGAACUCUGCUGCAACUUCGAGGUUGAGACAUGACAGUGAUGACGAUCGGGAUGAGAAGGAGAAGGAGCUGCAGACUGAAGCUCUACUCUGUGCCUUCCAGACGCUGGGCAAGACCUGGCCCAACAACACACAAACCCAGGAGCGUUUCCAGUUGGACCUGUGCUGUCUAAUGUGUGAGAGGUUGAAACUCAGUACAUGGAGGGUCCAGGUGGGGGUGCUACAGUCUAUGAAGACAUACUUCCAGAGGUUGCUACUGUUGGAGAAAGAGAAAGACAACCAGAACUUCACAGCCUUGUCCCUUAUUCUCACAGAGACAUGCAGCGCUCUCACACACCCACUAGAGAACAAGAGUUACUCCUCUGUGAGGACCGAAGCGUUGUCUGUUGUGGAACUACUGGUGAAGAGGACAGGAGAGAGCGGUCAGUGGGAGUGUGUCUCCGGAAAGAGUCGCGAACAGCUGCAGCGUUCACUGUCCACCCUGCAGACAGACAGCAGACCUGACCUACGAGACAAGGCCCAGGAACUACGGAGGACCAUCCAGAGUCAACCCUGAACACACACCCCCCUAGUCAACCCUGAACACACACACCUACCUAGUCAACCCUGAACACACACACACACCCCCCUAGUCAACCCUGAACACACCCCCCUAGUCAACCCUGAACACACACACCCCCUAGUCAACCCUGAACACACACACCCCCUAGUCAACCCUGAACACACACACCCCCUAGUCAACCCUGAACACACACACCCCCUAGUCAACCCUGAACACACACACCCCCUAGUCAACCCUGAACACACACCCCCCCUAGUCAACCCUGAACACACACCCCCCCUAGUCAACCCUGAACACACACACCCCCUAGUCAACCCUGAACACACACAACCCCCUAGUCAACCCUGAACACACACACCCCCCCCUAGUCAACCCUGAACACACACCCCCUAGUCAACCCUGAACACACACACACACACACCUACCUAGUCAACCCUGAACACACACACCCCCCUAGUCAACCCUGAACACACACACCCCUAGUCAACCCUGAACACACACACCCCCUAGUCAACCCUGAACACACACACCCCCCCUAGUCAACCCUGAACACACCCCCAGAUCUCUGUGGACAGGCGUGAUGAUUAUUAUGUGUGUUGUGUCAAUGGGUGGACGGCUGGCUGGGUCAUUUAUAAAUGUUAAACGCCAUAUCAACUCACUAUGUAAACAAACAGCACCCUAUUCCCUAUAUAGUGCCCUACUGUUGACCAGAUCCCAUAGGAUUCUAUGCUCUGAAGUGGUGCACUUUUGCAGUCCAGGGAUCAACUCGAUUCAGCCGCGGGACAACCAUUCUCUUGUUUUGUUGAGCACACGGAUCACAAUGAUUAUAAUUGACUCAAAACAUCCAUUUUAAAAUCUUGUUUGGAUUUGUAAAGGAUCACAGGCAUCUCUGGGAGACUUUGGAAUAGAUUUCCCAAACUAAAAUCAGUUAGAUGUUUUUUUUUGUUAGUCUUAACGUACUUUCUUUUUUUUUAAAACAAGUCCUGGUCAGUUUGGGAAUCUGGUGCCGUUAGGUUCUGUGAAACGGCUCCCUUCUUUCUCUCCGACAGCAGCCAGUACGGUACACCCCUACUGAUGAACUACAAUGGUACGUCCCACAUGGUGCCCUGAUCCUCUAAACACUACGAGUGGGGAAUAAGGGUUGCCAUUUGGGACGAUACUGCAACUUUAUUUAACACUUUGGUUGUCAACUCCCUGGUCCUGGAGAGCUACUGGGUGUUGAGGCUGUUGUUCCAGCCAAUCAGCUCAUUCCACAGAGGGCUGAGUGUCUUCCCUUCUCCCUCGUACUUGAUUUGAUGAAUUUAAAGGUCACUAAUUAGUAAGGAACUCCCCUCACCUGGUUGUCCAGGUCUUUAGUAAGGAACUCCCCUCACCUGGUUGUCUAGGUCUUUAGUAAGGAACUCCCCUCACCUGGUUGUCUAGGUCUUUAGUAAGGAACUCCCCUCACCUGGUUGUCCAGGUCUUUAGUAAGGAACUCCCCUCACCUGGCUGUCCUGGUCUUUAGUAAGGAACUCACCUGGCUGUCCUCGUCUUUAGUAAGGAACUCACCUGGUUGUCCUGGUCUUUAGUAAGGAACUCCCCUCAAUUGGUUGUCCAGGUCUUUAGUAAGGAACUCACCUGGUUGUCCAGGUCUUUAGUAAGGAACUCCCCUCACCUGGUUGUCCUGGUCUUUAGUAAGGAACUCCCCUCGCCUGGUUGUCCAGGUCUUUAGUAAGGAACUCUCCUCACCUGGUUGUCCAGGUCUUUAGGAAGGAACUCUCCUCACCUGGUUGUCCAGGUCUUUAGGAAGGAACUCUCCUCACCUGGUUGUCCAGGUCUUUAGUAAGGAACUCUCCUCACCUGGUUGUCCAGGUCUUUAAUUGAAAGGGGAAAACCCUGUGGACACGGAAUGAGAUGAACACCCCUGAUCUUCAAGGUGAGCAGGCUUUUGUUCCAGCCCAACACUUAUCACGGUUUGGACUGAAAUAGGUGCCGGAUCUCCACAAUACUGUUGAUAAUCUCAGAGACCAGUGCUCAGUUCUGGUGAACUCCUGCACUGGUCUUGAUGAUAGGUAAUGUGAACUAGUGCUGGGUUGGACCAAAAGCCUGCACCUACAUCUGGAGCUCUUCAGAACUAGAGUUGGUGACCAGUGAUGUUUCUCUGUCUGAACUAGGUAGUUACUUCUUUCCCCCCAGUUUGCAUGUGUAAAAAAAAAUAUAUUUUCAGCCAUGUUGAUUAAAAACCCAACAGCGGGGGUCGGGUUUGGUGUGAGAGGGAGGCAUGUAAUUCUUGUGAAUUUGUCUCCAAAAUAAAUAAAUAAACUACC